AUGCGAGCAAUUCAGUGGGACGACCUGCGAAGACAAGCGCGUACACUGGAGAAUGAUCUGGACUCUAAGCUUGCCUCUUUUGGCAAACUUGGAAGUGCCUUUGGAAUGACAAAUUAUGGAUAUAUGCAGUCGUCCAACCAGCCCGUAAAUGACACCUCAUCUGAGUAUAAUCUGCUGUCUUGCGACAUUGAAAAUCUUCUUGAGCGGUGCGUAGCACUCUCUGGUUUGUUUUCCGCUAUUGUACUUUUUCCUCAUGCUGUCCGUUAUCAUAAUCUGACAAUCUUAAUAUUCUCUCUUGCUUCCGCUUGGCCAUUUAUGGUCUCCGACUCUGAUUGCAAAGACUUGUUUCUGAGCCCUUUUGUUAUAAAACACCUGGGACGAUAUUAUUGCCUUUAAUUCUUUGCCGCGUUUGUUGUCUCCCUCCGCUGAUUCCAGUGCUUGAAUCAGUUCGUCCUGGCCACCGUUCAUGCAAAUCCGGCAGAAACAUAGGAUCCUUGCGUGGAACCUUUUGCCACUUUUGCCCCGCAGUUUACACUGUCGACUGUGUAGAAACAUACGACAAGUUUGCCGAAUAAGUUCUGAAGUAGUCAGCGGUCACAGCCGUGCUUAUGACCUAAGGAGUGAGCCAGUAAACGUACUUCUAGAAUCCACCGGGAAACAUUUCACCCGGCUGCUUUAAGUCAUGUUCUUCCAUGUUUACAAAUUAGCUGAGGUUUUUUCCAAGAAAAUUUAUACAAGAACGCUAUCAUUACCGGGGCCAGACACGUUUAUUGCUUUACAAUUGUAACCAGUUACGUUGAUAAUCGCGCAUGCCACAGCUCUGGCCAAUUUUCCUUAAAAUUUCUAGUGUUCGGGUUAAAUUCCUCAACAUCAACUAACUUUUUCACUUAACUUUUUGUCGCCAUUUCCACAUGGCUUUUACCAGACUUGCGGGACAUUAAUCAGGGUUUUUUGAGAAAGUGACGCCCAGCGGAGGUUAUGAACCAAUCUGCUUACUCGGUCUUGAACUUCGCGAAGUUAAUGACCGACAAUAGGAUUUCCGUGGUGUAAUGCAUAAAGUACUGCCAUGCUCAAUAGAAUGCCUGUGGUUUAGUCUUCAUAUUGUCCCUUCUUUCUUGACGAUGUUCAUCAGCUGGCGUCAAAACUAAAUGUCUUAUCGUAACUUGACAAUGUCCAUACAUUCCAGUUGACCUUUACCCAUCUCAAAUCUGGUCAAUGCUAUUUCAGUACCCCGGUCAGCGCGAAAGCGUUUGUGUUUGAUUUUUCCGGUUAUUUAUUUUUCCUCGUUUUGCAACUUUGGCGCAGGUUAUGUUGCUGUAUACAUCUUCGGUCUUCCUCUGUGUUCUCUUUGCUGUAUAGACUGGCCCAGGUAAAUGACAAGAUGACCGAGCUCGUCUCGUCUCUUGAGCCUUCGGACGUGGGCAGCAUCAGCCAACAGCACACAGCCAAACGGCACAGGGAGAUCCUUUACGAUUACAUCCAAGACUUUAAGCGCAUUCGUUCCAGCUACAUUAACGCCAAGAAUCGAGAGGAGCUCUUUUCCUCUGUAAGUGGAUAUCUCCCGGCAAGAUAUAUGUUACGCUUCCAACUUCCUAUUCUGUGCACUUGUGGAUCAAGUUUCAUGUGUUAUCCACUUCGCGCUCCAUGGCUUUCCUAGCGUUUUACGUAUCCUUUUCUGCGGUUGGGGGACACGUUCACCGAUCGGGUUACGGGACGUACUUGUGUCCUUGGGCUCAAGCUAGAGCCAUCAUAGACAGUUGCAUAACAAUUAACAAUGGGUGCGGUUAAUUAGUAACCGACAGUGACAGGGGAGACCAGGGGUGGCCAUUUCUGGAUUAUUGGCCAUCUUCAGCAAGCCAUGCCCUUGCGUAGAUUUGGGACCAGAGCAAUUAAGCACACCGGGACGAGCACAGUCAGUAACCUAAUUAGAGAGCGCCCUUUCACCAUAGUUGAUAUGCUCAGCCAAAAACCGACAGGAUGUGGACCCGUGCUCCAUGGUAGAGCGUUGGAUCACCUAACACUCAAUAGUUAUAGUUACGAGGUUCGACUCUCGGGUCCCACGGACCUAGGAUUGGGACUGGCUAUCUGACGACUAAUAAACCAGAAAUGGCCAUCUCGUUCCCUCUUGUUUUCGUUGGUAACUCAUCACCUGCCUAUCCUUUUCUUGCUACUUCAGUCCAACGAUAAGUUUGCUCAUGUGGACCCGCCUAACUGCUUUUCUUGAAUCUUUGUAGAAUGCCACCACUGGAGUUAAGUACCAGAGGGCCGGAGCUUAAAAUAUGGGGUUAUGAAAUUUGCGCAAAUGGAAUUGUUUCUGGACUUCUGUUGUGUUAACUAUACGACAAUUGACUGUUAACACAUCAGUAGUCAGGAGGACACAGAUGAGGUGACAGCGUCUUCUGAAUGCGUAAAAUAGGUGACUGGUCGCAUGCACAGACAGGGACAGAAACACAUUGGCUGCUGUUGGUUUAAAUGCCCGUCAAGUGUGACUGGUCUACAUGCCGUCGGACGCUGGUUGGGGUCAAGCUACUAAAUUUAUCUGUUAGCCUAAAGAGCCCUCGCAAUGACUGGCCUUGGUGAUCGUCGAAUACGUGGCUUGGAUGCGCGUGCAAGUACGGACGCUUUGAACCGGAAACCUGGUGCCGCCGAUGCUCUUGAACAGCUCACAGGCCUGUUGGAAUGUACUACCGCACAUUUUCCUCUGGUUGUUGCAGACCCCUUUUAGUUUUUAUGAGCUUUGAGGGAACUUUUUAUUUCCCUUUUUUCAGACGAGUGUUGUUUAUGACAAAGUGUCUUGGCUCCUCUUUUAGUCCCUGACGAAGACACCGGAGAAACCUCGCCUGGACUCCACGCGUCUCCUUCUGGAGGAGAAUCAGAGCCUGUUAAACGCAGAUCAGGCUCUCUCUGAGCGUAUCGCUGCCGCCUCUGCGAUCCGGUCCUCCCUUCGUUCGCAGCAUCAUGUGCUGAAAUCUGCCACAAACAGCCUGCUUAACCUACGUAAUCGUUUUCCUAUCGUUAACAAACUGCUCAAUCAGAUUUCCUGGCGCAAACAGAGAGACAGCAUCAUUGUAGGGACGGUAUUUGGCUGCUGCCUCCUCUUCCUUCUUUUCUACCUCUUCCACUAAUAACUAAUAUGCACCACCACCACCCUCCCUCCCUUCGACUUUGUUCCAGCACACAUCCCUUCUCUACCAGCCCUCCGCCACCAAAUUGGGGGUCUUUGCUCACGUUUGGCGGUCCUUUUGCCGAUUCCAUGCGCGUUUAUCUGAUUCGAGGUGCCUGUCAGACCGCCUUCGCAGUUCAAAAUCGACUUGUGUUUGUGUGCCUGCCUGUGCGUCUGUUUGCACUUACUCUGAAGUGUUCUGGGAACAGCGCCCUCGUGGGCUGUCCUCCUCUCCGAGACUAACUACAGCCCCCUUGCGUCUGCGCGCUCUGAUUGGCUAGACCACUUAUUCCGUCAAGGACCCCACUUUCUUCCUUCCACUACGUCUCUUUCAAUUGACUUCUGUAUAGAUAUGUUUCUCUCAUUAAACUGAUUCCUGCUGCUUGCGCUGCGAGGCCAUACUGUUUCCGGCAGUCUCCUCGUUGUAGAUCAGCGUGAUUGACCUCGACAAUUACUAAUACUGUUCUCCGGGUAUCAGUGGCUACCUGCGCGUGAAGAUACGUGGAUAGUCGAUCUCACGCUCUCCUUGCUAUUCUGUUCUAGAGGCAGGACUAAUUCAAGGUAAACGGUGGCGGACUUAGUCAUUUAUACUGACCUCAGACAAAGCGUUUGUCCAGACGUUGCACAACGCGACUAGUUCCUUGCCCCGUGACCAGACCGGCUUCUACAAAGCUGCUUCAUCUACCCUUUUGUGAAUUGCCUCCUCUCUCUAUCUCUCACUCACACACAACCAGAGCUCCUUCUGGGUCUCGGCUGCUGCGCUUAUCACAGUUUCUUAGAUCCACAGAGAAGAUCUGGAUGACCUAUGGACCAGAGUAAGAUGACCGCUUUGGUGCUUCUCUCAGUCUAUCAAUGUGACUAUCCAUGUCGUUUUCGUAAGCCGUGUGAUUGACCGAACAGAUUUUGUUUGCGCCUGUGUCUGUUUCUCCCUGUUCGAUCUGCGGUGCGUGUCAUUGGUUUAAUUUCUGAGCUAGAAAUUCGCCUACUGUCCGGUUGGCUACCUGGCAACGCUCCUGUUCCCCAUUUCUCUGAGUUCAGACACCAAGACGGGCUUAAACCGCUACCUCGGACGGUUCCAUCAGGGACAAAGGCCUCAUUGGACGGAUGAGCGCAUCACUGCUUUACUGUAGGCGGUGUAAAUGAUGAAAUAUUAACUGAAAUGAGAUUUCAGUUUUAGAGGACUUCGUGGGUGUGAUUGUUAUAUUGAUUAAUGUGUUACACGACUCAAAGAUGAUGCAGUCAGGCUGGUAUGCGUGCACUCGAGUGCGUGGCUCUUCAGCGGCUUUAAAAAAUUGCACUUCGUACAAGAUGCUACUUAAUUUGCGCGACAUUUUCAUUUAUUUUUUGCAUUUUUAUAAAUUUAAACUUACCUCAUUGAGAUCAUGUGUAAAAGUGUCUUUUCUUAUACUCGGCUUGUAGGAACUUCCGCAUUCAAGUGUUUUUACUCGAGGGAUAG